GCAGCCGCCGCCGCCGCCGCUGCGCGAGGAGCCAGGAUGGUCCUGGUCCACGUCGGCUAUCUCGUGCUUCCAGUGUUUGGCUCUGUGCGAAACAGAGGUGCCCCCUUUCAAAGGUCUCAGCAUCCUCACGCUACCUCCUGCCGCCACUUCCACCUGGGCCCCCCGCAGCCGCAGCAGCUAGCCCCGGACUUCCCGCUGGCGCACCCCGUGCAGUCGCAGCCGGGCCUCAGCGCCCACAUGGCCCCGGCCCACCAGCACAGCGGCGCGCUGCACCAGUCGCUGACCCCGCUGCCCACCCUGCAGUUCCAGGACGUCACAGGUCCCUCCUUCCUACCUCAGGCCCUGCACCAGCAAUACCUGCUGCAGCAGCAGCUCCUGGAAGCUCAGCACCGCAGGCUCGUCUCGCAUCCCAGGCGGAGUCAGGAUCGAGUGUCUGUCCACCCCCACCGCCUCCACCCCAGCUUUGACUUUGGCCACCAACUGCAGACACCUCAGCCCCGGUAUCUGGCUGAGGGCACUGACUGGGAUCUCAGUGUGGACGCCGGCUUGAGUCCUGCCCAGUUCCAGGUGCGGCCCAUCCCUCAGCACUAUCAGCAUUACCUAGCAACUCCUCGAAUGCACCACUUCCCCAGGAACUCCUCGUCUACGCAGAUGGUUGUCCAUGAAAUUCGAAACUACCCGUAUCCCCAGCUUCACUUCCUUGCUCUCCAGGGACUAAAUCCUAGCCGACACACCUCUGCUGUUCGCGAGAGCUAUGAGGAGCUGCUGCAGCUCGAGGACAGGUUGGGAAACGUGACCCGAGGAGCCGUUCAGAACACCAUUGAGAGGUUCACCUUCCCCCACAAGUACAAGAAGCGAAGACCCCAGGACAGCAAGGGCAAGAAAGACGAAGGGGAGGAGUCAGAUGCAGAUGAGAAAUGCACAAUUUGUCUGUCUAUGUUGGAGGAUGGAGAGGACGUGAGACGCCUACCUUGUAUGCAUCUCUUCCACCAACUGUGUGUGGACCAGUGGCUCGCCAUGAGCAAGAAAUGCCCCAUCUGCCGAGUGGACAUUGAGACACAACUGGGAGCUGACAGCUGAAGGAGGAGCUAGCCAGUGGAUGCCCCAUUUCCUUCACCAGGUCCCCCCCACGGCCAUAGCCCUUGCAGCCAAACUUUGCCUUCUGAGCCAUUUGACGUAGAGAAGAAGCCUGCAAGCACAUUUUUUUUUUGUGGAAAGAGGAGUUGAUAUCAGUGUUGGAGGGAGAGAAGGGGUAGGGAGGACCCACCCAUCUGGAAUGGUGACUGCCUCAUUGCCUUGCUGUGCAGCGGGGAGGGAGCUGGCUGUGCCCAGAGCAGGGGCGGGAAGGGGGGGCCCAGCUGCUGAGAACUAGAUGUGAUCUUGAGGGUACUAGCUGAAGACCGGCCCCCAAAUCCUGUCCUUUGAAGGAUUGUGUAUAUACCUCUUGACCACGUAGAAAUCAUGUAGGGGUCUCUAGCUAUUCUGUGGACGGCAGCCGGAGCAUGUUAGCUUAAGAAAAAUGUCGUGUGUGGUGCUCUAGUCAUCUGUGGUGGACAUGUCGCUAUUACUGAACUUGCACCAAAUAUUUCUCAUUGAGUUUCUUGUUUUGGUGCCUGACGAACCAACCAACCAACGACAGCCCCAAUCUUCCCGUCUUUAUGAGCAAAAAGAAAAAAAAAAAAGGAAAGAAAAAAAAAGAAAUCAAAGGUGAAAGAAAAAAAAAAAGCCAAAUCCUGUUUACGGUGAAAAAAACAAAGAUGAUAAUUUUUCACCCGGGUUGGGAGGCGGGAGGGGGGUUCUCGUUUGUUGUUUUUGUUUUUUCCUUGGGCUUUGUUUUUCUCAUGUUUACAGUGCACGGAGUGUAGGUGGGGCAUCUGAGAAGGAGGUGGGGCUUAAAAGGAGCAGAUUGGGUCUCACUGGGUCUCUGAGGCUUUCAGGCAAGGUGAGGAGGGCAGAGCCCUAGCUAGUUGAAGGGGGUCCAUCUCAGUGUGGGCUCCCUAGUCCUAAGGUCCAUUGCUUGGCCCCAGCUAUUUUCCUAGGCUCCAAACUGAGCCAGGGAGGACGCUGCCUCCAGCUCCAGCUGCCCCAGGUUGCUGGGAGCCAGCAGCUCCCCUGAUCACUCCAGUUCCUAACUUUAGCCUGAGCUCUCAUUUUGCCGCAAAGAGGCAAUGAAGCCACUGCCUCCCUAUGCAAAAAAUUAACCAGAUGAUACAGAGAAAACAGUAUUGGCAGUGUGCGCUUGGCCUUGGCCAAAGUGCUCUCAGCUAGAGUGAGAGGGUGAGGUCAAGUUCACAACCUUGGGAGUAACUUGAGCUUCCUAUAGGAUCCUGCCAUUCAGUCCCUGGGAGAAGGCCCUGGCUUUGAGACCACUGGUGGGAGGCCGAUGGUCUCCCUUAGCCUCAUGGUCCUCUGCUUCAUCUGUGACUUUGCAAAAGUUCCUUUCUUUCUCUGUGCCUCAGUUCCUUCUCCUUCCAGUGGGGAGAAACAACAGUGUGUUCCCAUCCCCCCAUUCCUUCUCCUUCACCUAGAUCUGAGGACUAACGCCACUCAGCCCCUCUGGGCUCUACUCUCUCAUGGAAGCCUCUGAGGGUUUAGUGGCUGGAGCAGGAAAAGGAGACGAAAAGUUCCAGUUGACAUUGUAUUGCAGUAUGCUUUUUGUACUACUCUGUAAUUUUUUUCAGAGAGAUGGGAGGACAGAAUAUUGGAAAAGAUCUGCCAAAUUUUAACCCAAAGUGUAGCUCUUAUCAUGUGCAGAAAAUGCUAGGUUGCCUGCCAUCCUGUAACGUUCCUCUGUUCCUUGCUUUCCUCCUCCCUCCCUCAUUUGCACUGCUCUUAGAAUCUACCCGGAACCCAAACACUGGACAAUCUCAGUGCCCUCCUAUGAGUAAGGCCAGGAAAUAGGAUACAGAUCAGAUAAAUGGAGGGAUUCCACCAAGUUAAGUGAGCCGAGGAAGAAUCAGGAUGAAAACUGACAGAGGCCGAUCGGACUUAAGAGAGAGAUCCUUCUAGCACAACUGACACCAUCAUGAAGGAAUGGCGCUCUGUCCACUCUCCAGACAAAGGCUACUCCCAGGAUCCAUCUUCUGGCAUCUCAUGAAGUCUCUGUUGAGUGCCUACUGGGGUGAGUGCUGAGGAAGGUGAUCACUAAGUGUUGGCUGGGCUUGGUGGAACUAGGAGAGGAGCAGAGGAGUAGCACGCAUCCAACGUGCUUACGGUGAACAGCGCAGGUCAGCUGUGUUGACCAUGGCCCUGUCCGACUCUGGUUGCCAUCAUGAACAGUGUCUCCAAGGGCAAAGGCUGGAUACCCAGCAGGUGCGGAAAGAAUGCUCGAGUCAGGAUGUCAGGGAGCUGCUGCUGACAAAAAGCCACAAGAACUGUGACUUUUCUCCUGCUGCUCCCCAAAGGAGAGGAGGCCGAUGGUAUCCCUUAGCCUCAUGGUCCUCUGCUUCAUCUGUGACCUUUCGAAAACCAAGAUUUCAUCAGAAGAUGGCUGUGGCUCAGAAGUAGUUGGGGUGGUCAAGGCAGGGCAUUACUCUCUGAGGCCACUCACUCUCUGUUCCUUUGAGGCUGUCCUGAAAGGCUUGCAGGGAAAGGGAAUUGGUAGGGACCCAGGAGGGAACUGGAACCAGUGUCCCAGAUUCUAGUCCUGGCUCCCCACAGGCGGACUGGAACCUCUCCCCACACCCCUUGGUCUGCUGGGCCUCAGCUUCCUCAGCUGUGACACAAUGAGGUUGGAUGGAAUGCUCGAUAACUUUCUCCCAAUACACAUCCUGUGGUUCUCCCUAGCGUCAACACAUCUUUCAAGUUGCAGAGCUGUGUGCCAGUCAUGCUGGGGAGAGGCCUCUGUGCCCGAAUAUACCUGCUUCAGAGGCUGAGGCACACAGGCUGAGCAAGAGAGGGCAGGAUGGUUUCUCCUUGCUCCCGUUUGUGCAGGCGCUUUGAAUAUCCCAGGCUAACAUUAGGGCCUGGGCAGGGAAGGGGUUGAUCCUGCCACACACACACACACCCCUUCCCAUCUACCCUGUGCCCUGGUGGUGGGGACUGGAGCAGCACCUAGAGCCCUCCCAGCUCCUGUUUCAGGGCAGCUGAUUGGGUGGAGAAAAGCCAGUGCCUCUGCUAAGUCCCUAGAAGGGUGAAGGAGCCAGAGAAGAGCAGUGACGGGCGGGGCCAGGCCUCAGCAUCUCACAUCCACCAUCUCCAGGAGAGAGUCGUAUGCAGUUCUCCUGCUCAACUCACGGGACUCAGACCCUUUUCUGACGGAGACGCAUGAGUGCCUUUGACAGCGGCCCCAGGUUCGAGUCGGGCCUCCUAACCGCAGCCAUGGCGCAGCAGGCCCACUGAGGACACCAAUCAACACAUCGCCACGAAUCCAGCUGGGCACAGGCAACGGGCAGCUGGGGCUGCACACUCCUCCACCUGGCCAGGACCCCAGGCUCCCCGGUCACCCUCGCCACCACCUGUGACGCCUCAAGCUCCUCUUUGCAAAGGCCCCUAGCCUCCGUGCAAGCAUUCUUAACUCUUUACGCCUAACGAACAAGCACAGUUUUUCAAUGGUGAAGAAAAAAGCACCAGACUUUUUUUCCUGAAGAAAUCCCCCAAGCCCCCCCCCUCUUGCGGGACAAACAUUCCCCUUGUGGGGCUGUAGCAACGUCUGUCAGGUCCCCUUGUGUUUCAUUUCCUGCGCGCGCGUAGAGCAAAUGCUAGAGCGAUUUCAGCUGAUAGAAAAACAAAAAAGAAAAAAAAACACAAAAAAUAAAAAACAUGGCACGUUGCUAGUUUACAGGGUUUUUGUGAGUUUAAAUGCCUUAUAUUUAACAAUCAUAAUUUAUGACUAACUUGUAGA